CAAAUAUUUCAAAUCAAUCAAAUUGAACUAUAUUUUGAGAAUAACAAUUUAUCCACUCCUAACUGCCAUGCGAAUUGUUGUCUGGUGUGUCCUCGUGUUCAGCUCGACGGCUGUGGCUCUAAAAGCCAGUGCCAAGACAACACAUACGGCGAAACUUGCAGAUGAUCCACUUCGCACCUACAAUGAGGUCGUGCGGAAUUUGAUAAGGAACUGGGAGUCUCCCGUGGUCUAUCUUAGAGAUCGCGGCUUUCUGCCCAGAAACUUCGAGGAUACGUCGAAAAUCAAACCGAAUUUAGAUGCCCUGGUGCAGCGAAUGGAGAGGGCCAAAAGGCAUCAGGCCAAGGGAAAAGACAUUGUCUUAAAAAUAAAACCCACAGAGAUGGGAAACAUUAAGCACCUGAAAAACUCUGCACGAAAUCAACGUGGCAUUCUGGCCGCCAAGGGCUCUGUGCUUUCCAACUUGGAGCAGUUGGAGGCCAUAGAUAGCAAGAUGUCACAGUCGAAUCCCAAGCUAACCGAUCAGGAAGGACAACUGCUGGCCAUGAAGCGGCGCUUGGAACAGUUGCAGCCAGGAGUGGUCCAGUCUGGAGCAGCAGAUUAAAAUAACGCCGGAGUCAAAGCUCCAGUAAAGUCAGCGCAAAGCUACGAUGAGAUAUUGCAGAGAAUGAUUGAAAAGACCAGUCCACUAUCCAAACAGCUAUCCAGCUCGCAAUUGCAAACCUCUGAAAAUGCAGUAGAAAAAUCGAACUUUCAAAGUGUUCAACUAGAUGCCAAAGACGAUAAGUUGAUGAAUUCGGCUCCAAUGAAUUUGAAUACCUAUAAAGCUUUCAGCUUUCUGCCCAAUUCGAUUCAUAAACCCUUCAUUGACCUGACCAAGUCUAGUCGAGCAGAAAACAAGAACCAAAUGUCGGCCUCUAACUUUGAAUCGAACUUGGCGGCGCCCAGGUAUCUGAAUUGGGACAUGAAGAAAGGGCGACUCGACCAUUACUCAAGUGCUGAAAAGGAGGCCUAUCUGAAUCAGUUGGUCAGAGUGUUCGGGCAAAAUCUGGACUCCAAGGGGGCCCAUCAAAAAUGGGGAUAACCCGUAUUCUUAGAACACCAGGAUCCCAUCCAAAGACCCGCUAAUAAUUUAAUGAAGCAUUUGAAAAUUUAUGAUCUCCGUUCGAUGAGUCACAACCAUUUCCAUUUCCAAUUCCAUGACUAUUUACAAAAAUCCUACGUCAUAUCCAUGGCAUCAGCAAAACCAAUUGGUUUUCUUUUGUUUACCUUGUGGGAGCGCACAGAAAUCACAGGAUAUUUCUGUUUACCAUUUGUCAGUACAUAUGCAUAUUAUUGUUUGCAAUGGCGAAUCAACACAUUGGUUGAACAACCAUAAGCUAUUGCAAAUAAGAGGCCAAGACAUGUUUUUGGAUGACAGCCUGAGAAAAAAUGUUCCACUGGAAUUGAGUUGCGAAAA